GCCCCUCCUCGUGCCGUAUCACGUUCGUUUACCAAGGGGCCAUGACCAAUAGUCAACCCAUAUUUACCAAGCCCGACGUUGGCCGUGCAGGAAAAGAACUCCCUCAUCCUCAUCCUCAUCCUGCCAGGCAAACAAGGUCGCCGUCUGCCUUAGUGUCCCAGGCAGACAGGCACGCCGGGCUCAGCUUGAAGACUAAAGGUGCUUUAGCGAGAGCGGAUCACGAAGUUUCUGCAAAGAAAAGGUUUCCCUAAAAUUUCACUCAAUUCCCUCUCCUCGUACAGGCGGCCGCACAUUGCCAAGCAAUUGGGGUUAGGCAAGAGUUUAAGCCAACAUUGAUUUAGUCCUCUCUCUUUGGCUCUCAGCUUGCUCUCGCUCGUCAAACCCUCCAUUCUUGGUAUAGUCGAGAACCACUGACAGACCAAAGCAGGGCCCGGCUGGGGUGCUGGGCAGAAAAUCCUUGUAAAAAGGGCCUCCUUCUGGG